GUUAAAUCAUUCGUGUGUGAACGUGUUGUUCAGAUAUCGCAGGGCUGGAUCCUUGGCCCUGAGCUGUGUGACAUGUGGACGUCGAGUGACGUUCUGUGUUGCACCGCCUCCAUUCUGCACCUGGUCGCCAUCGCCAUGGACCGAUACUGGGCCGUGACCAACGUGGACUACAUCCACACGCGGAAUAAGCAGCGAAUCGUCACCAUGAUCGUGCUGGUGUGGGGCGUGGCGCUGAUCGUCUCCCUGGCGCCGCAGUUCGGCUGGAAGGACCCAGAGUACCUGCACCGCAUCAAUGUGCAGCAGCGCUGCCUGCCCUCGCAGGACGUCGGCUACCAGAUCUUCGCCACCUGCUCCACGUUCUACGUGCCGCUGCUCGUCAUCCUGGGCCUCUACUGGAAUAUCUUUCAAACGGCUCGACGCCGGAUCCACAGAAGGCACGCGCAGAGGAACGCCGUGGCGCAGGGGCUCUAUGUCCAUAUUGCAGCCACGGCUAUCCUGCCCACCACGGGUGUUGCUAACGUCGUCUGCAAGCGACGCUUUCUUCGCAUGCGGAGGUACUCUUCGGUAGAGACUGGGAACCACAGCAAGAACUCGUCGGUGCGGGGCUGCCAGCCCGAAGGCCAGUCCACCUCGACCGUGUUGGACGACACGGAGUCUUCCACAGCCAAGGUCACCACCCUCGUCAAGCAGGACUCCGAGGACGUGUACACUUCUUACGACCCCGUGCCAGGGACCCUCCCCGGCGACACGUGCCUGUCCGUCGUGGCCGCCGGGGCGGUGCUCACGUUGCCGUCCAGCGCCACGGAGCCACCCGUCUCGGAGUCCCGCAACGAAAUGACGGUAAAGAAGGCCGUCGAGAUGAUCAAGCAGAACCCGAUCGUGUCGCGCAAAGAAAAGCGCGAGACGCUCGAGGCCAAGCGGGAGCGCAAGGCGGCCAAGACGCUUGCCAUCAUCACGGGCGCGUUCGUCGUCUGCUGGCUGCCCUUCUUUAUCAUGGCACUGCUCAUGCCACUCUGCGCCUCAUGUGAGAUCAACCCCCACCUAGCCAGCUUCUUUCUCUGGCUGGGCUACUUCAACUCGACGCUCAACCCAGUCAUCUACACCGUGUUCAGCCCCGAGUUCCGGCAAGCCUUCAAGCGGAUCCUGUACGGCGGCCGGCACCCUCGCAACGGCCGCGGACGGACGAGAGACUUCAGGACCAGCAGUCGCCGGUAGGGGCGGUGCUGUCGCAGGUUCUGCUGCAGUUGCUAUGGCUGCCACCAGGGCCUGUGACGCGAACAAAUCGACACCCGCUGGGCGAGCUGGUGUAAAGCGGCUGUGAAUACUCUGGUUAGUUUUAUAGAGCUUGGGACGCGCACAAGACUUUAACAGCAGCGACCGUAGAGCGACCGGAACUUCUUUGGAUCAGCCCAUCCGGAUCAACGGUGGUUUUUUUUAAGAUGAGGGGUCCAAUUCUGGGUGCCUCAAGAAGCGACAUUCUUUGGGUUCUUGAAACGCUCACGUCACGCUGGGUGGGUGUGUCGCUGCAGACAACUGUUUCGUUGGUGAGGAUAUUAUGCUUAUACCUUCAACAUGUCAGUAUUUAGGAUUAAAAUCACGCGCCCAUGCUCUUCCGUGUGUAGCUUCAGAUGGCUCAAAACUGACGAGUUGUUAAGAAAGGUACUGGCUAUCAUUACUCCCCAGCUUGGUUUGAACACCCAAGUGGGAGAGAAUCAAAAUUUUAUGAUCCGAAACAUGUUAGUCGCACUACUUUGGUGUAACGCCAAAAGCUUAUUAAAUUAUAAGCCGAGAUCAAAUUAAAACGCCUAUAUUUGUGUCUCAGAAGCGACAAAUGUUAAGUAUAGUUUUACAGCUCAGCUAUGGUUACAGCCGAAAUUCAAAUUAAAUCAGGUGCUAUUUUGUGUAAAUAUAGUUAUAUUAGACGGUGCGCUUUCGACAAAGUGCAUCUAUUAAUAUGUGCGCUUCAAUCACCAUAGAUACAGUUACUAUUUUCGUUAUUUGUGCUCCUACUCGUCGGUACAAGCAUUGUGUCUUAUAUCCGCUCAUUUUGUUCACGCUCGAAAAAAAAAAUUAUUAAAACUCGUGCGCUCUCUGUGAUAUAUUUAAGUGUCGGUUAAGCAAUACUAUGUAGCCAGCGCAAAACUGUAGGGUACAACGUCAGUAAUUUUAUUGAUGUUUGAUUUCUCUCAAAAUUAAAGAACUGCAAGACGUUACAUUUUCACUCCCACCACUCCGUAACUCUUUAGUUAUUAUAUUAUUCAUUACAAUUCGGCCAUUUAUGCUAGAUCCACAACCCUUGUUAUCUUACAUAAGUAGAAAGAAGUGCUAAUCUCAUGUAGCGGCAUGAAACAGAUACACAUUUGCUUCGGUAAACAUUUUAUUAAGUACAUCAAAUGCCCUACCAAUAUGAAAACUGUAGAUAAUAUUUAAAAAAUAGCCAAAUCAAAUUGACAAUCGCUCGAUGCUCCAACCUCAUGCUCGUA